GAGGGAGGGGGGAUAAGGGGCGCGUGGUUUUCCCAUCUCAUCCCUGGAGGAGGGGCCGGAGCAUCCCAGGCAGCCAAUCAGAGGGAGGCGGGGGGGCCACUUUGAAGAAGUUUGGGGGAAAAAAGUUUGGAAAAGUUUCUAUAAUUACGAGGGGGCGUCCGGAGGGAGGCGACAGCGACGGAGGAGGGGGCGUCCCAGAGAAAGGGAGGGAGGGAGUCACUCUGGUGAAGAUACGGCGGCCUCCUGCGCACCCCCUCCCGCCCGGCCUGUGACCCAGGGGCUCUGGCCGGACCCAUGGGGGCGGCAAGCUGCGAGGAUGAGGAGCUGGAAUUUAAGCUGGUGUUCGGGGAGGAAAAGGAGGCCCCCCCGCUGGGCGCGGGGGGGUCGGGGGAAGAGCUGGACUCAGAGGAUGCCCCGCCAUGCUGCCACUUAGCCCUGGGGGAACCCCCUCCCUAUGGCGCUUCCCCUAUUGGCAUUCCCAGGCCUCCACCCCCUCGACCUGGCAUGCACUCGCCACCGCCUCGCCCAGCCCCCUCACCUGGCACCUGGGAGAGCCAGCCUGCCCGGUCUGUGAGGCUAGGGGGACCAGGCGGGGGUACUGGGGGUGCUUGUGGCGGCCGUGUUCUCGAAUGUCCCAGCAUCCGCAUCACCUCCAUCUCUCCCACGCCUGACCCACCGGCCCCACUAGAGGAUAACCCUGAUGCCUGGGGGGAUGGCUCCCCCAGAGAUUAUCCUCCACCAGAAGGUUUUGGGGGUUACCGAGAGGCAGGAGCCCAGGGCGGGGGCGCCUUCUUCAGUCCCAGCCCUGGCAGCAGCAGCCUGUCCUCCUGGAGCUUCUUCUCCGAUGCCUCGGAUGAAGCAGCCCUGUAUGCGGCGUGUGAUGAGGUGGAGUCUGAGCUGAACGAAGCAGCCUCCCGCUUUGGCCUGGGCUCCCCGCUGCCCUCGCCCCGAGCGUCCCCUAGGCCAUGGACUCCGGAGGAUCCCUGGAGCCUAUACGGUCCAAGCCCUGGAGGCCGGGGGCCUGAGGAUAGCUGGCUACUCCUCAGCGCUCCUGGGCCCACCCCAGCCUCUCCCCGGCCUGCCUCUCCUUGUGGCAAACGGCGCUAUUCCAGUUCUGGAACCCCGUCUUCAGCUUCUCCAGCCUUGUCCCGCCGAGGUAGCCUGGGAGAAGAGGGGCCUGAGCCACCUCCACCACCCCCAUUACCUCUGGCCCGGGACCCUGGCUCACCUGGCCCCUUUGAGUACGUGGGGGCCCCACCAGCUGAGAGUAUUCCCCAGAAGACCCGGCGAACUUCAAGCGAGCAGGCAGUGGCCCUGCCUCGAUCUGAGGAGACUGGCCCGUGCAAUGGAAAGCUGCCUUUGGGAGCUGAGGAGGCUGUGGCUCCUCCUGGGGGUCCCCGGAAGGAGGUGGCCAGCAUGGACUACCUGGCAGUGCCGUCUCCCAUGGCUUGGUCCAAGGCUCGGAUUGGGGGACACAGUCCCAUCUUCAGGACCUCUGCCCUGCCCCCUCUGGACUGGCCUCUGCCUAGUCAGUAUGAGCAGCUGGAGCUGAGGAUUGAGGUGCAGCCUAGAGCCCACCACCGGGCUCACUAUGAGACAGAGGGCAGCCGAGGAGCCGUCAAAGCUGCUCCUGGUGGUCAUCCAGUGGUCAAGCUCCUAGGCUACAGUGAGAAGCCGCUGACCCUCCAGAUGUUCAUCGGCACUGCAGAUGAAAGAAACUUGCGGCCUCAUGCCUUCUAUCAAGUGCACCGUAUCACGGGAAAGAUGGUAGCUACAGCCAGCUACGAAGCUGUUGUUAGUGGUACCAAAGUGUUGGAGAUGACCCUGCUUCCUGAGAACAACAUGGCUGCCAACAUUGACUGUGCUGGAAUCCUGAAGCUUCGGAAUUCAGACAUUGAGCUUCGGAAGGGUGAGACAGACAUCGGGAGAAAAAACACACGAGUUCGGCUGGUGUUCCGAGUGCACGUACCCCAGGGCGCUGGGAAGGUCGUCUCUGUGCAGGCAGCAUCAGUACCCAUCGAGUGUUCCCAGCGCUCUGCCCAGGAGCUGCCACAGGUGGAGGCCUACAGCCCCAGUGCUUGCUCUGUGAGAGGAGGUGAAGAAUUAGUACUGACUGGCUCCAACUUCCUGCCAGACUCCAAGGUGGUGUUCAUUGAGAGGGGUCCUGAUGGAAAGCUGCAGUGGGAGGAGGAGGCCACAGUGAACCGGUUGCAGAGCAAUGAGGUGACGCUGACCCUGACUGUCCCUGAGUACAGUAACAAGCGAGUGUCCCGGCCAGUGCAGGUCUACUUUUAUGUUUCCAAUGGGCGGAGAAAGCGCAGUCCUACCCAGAGUUUCAAGUUCCUGCCUGUGAUCUUCAAGGAGGAGCCCCUACUUGACUCAUCUCUCCGGGGCUUCCCUUCAGCUUCAGGAUCCCCCUUUGGCACUGAUAUGGACUUCUCACCGCCCAGGCCCCCCUACCCCUCCUAUCCUAAUGAAGACCCUGCUUAUGAAACUCCUUACCUGUCAGAAGGCUUUGGCUAUGGCACACCCCCUCUAUAUCCCCAGACGGGCCCCCCACCAUCCUACAGACCAGGCCUGCGUAUGUUCUCUGAAUCCGGGGAUACCACAGGUUGUGCCCGUCCACCUCCAGUCUCCUUCCUUCCCCGCCCAUUCCCUAAUGACCUGUAUGGAGGACGAGGCUCCUCUUUUCCACUAGGGCUUCCAUUCCCUCCUCCAGCCCCCUUUCGAUCUCCACUACCGUCAUCCCCACCACUCGAAGGCCCCUUCCCUGCCCAGAGUAGUGUUCCUCCCUUACCUGCUGAGGGAUUCAAUGAGAUGGGGCCUGGCUAUGGUCCUGGGGACCCCUCCCCAGGGGCCCCAGAGCAGGAGAAACCCAGGGGUGGCUACAGCAGCGGCUUCCGAGACAGUGUCCCUAUCCAGGGCAUCACGCUAGAAGAAGUGAGUGAGAUCAUUGUCCGUGACCUGAGUGGCUUUCCUGCCCCUCCUGGAGAAGAGCCUCCUGCCUGAACUGCUGCCUGGCAACUUGGCCCUAGCCUCAACCUUGCCUACUGGGGCUCCUUCCUGGGGUGCAAGCUCCAGAAACUUGGGGCCAACUCUGGUUUUUCUUUUCUCAGCUUCUGUUUGUCUUCCUGUCCCCCUGUAUUCCCCCAACUGAGAUGUGGUCCCCAGGCUCGGUGCUGCUUUGAAGGGCCAGGGGAGGGAGAGUAUAGAAGAGAGGGGAUGGGGGUAGAGACUGAGGCCCAGUGCCAGAACUGACCAGGGUGAAGACAGUGUCCAGACUGUGUGCAGGCUAUGGUGCUGGGAGGCUGGGGACAACUUGGUGGGCAAUA